AGCGACGGAAGUACUGAUUGCAACUCGUCUUCGAGAUUAAAUGAAGAAAAAAACAUCCAGCAAAGCAUUUAAUCGAUGACGACAAGCUUUGAAAGAGAAAUUGGAAAUGGAUCGAUUUCGUUUGAACGCUUAUUCUUGUUGCCGCUUCUAUUUCCCACGGUAAUCUUUAAUCCUCUUAGAAUGAAACCUCGUUUCUAGUUAGUUCCGGUCGGUGCUCUAUGUGGCGGAAGAUGAAAAAUUAUAUAAACACACUGCAUGGAUAUCGGCGGGUUUAUUCUUGAUUGAGAUCUCGUCCGAGUAAGUGCAAUACGGUACAGAAGACUGAUGGCAGAGAUACGAUUUAUUUUCACAACUGUUUUGGCAUUGGUAUGCCUGAAGUGUGUUGUUACUCAUUCUCCUCCGGUGGUGAUAGAUAAACGUGUGGUGCUAUCGUCGGUCUACGAUGCCAUCAAAGGGAACAACGUUGCACCCGUUGGAGAGGAUACACGAAAUAAGCGAAACGUGCGUUAUUACACCUACGAUGAUCCGCAAAAUGAUGAUUUAUUUCCUGGCUAUGGGGAAAUUGUACAUCCCUCGCAAUCAGCACCGACGCAAAAACAGUGCAAACCCGAACCAUCCCCGUUGCAGUCCAUCAGCAUUUCCGAUCACAGCUGGAGUGGUAUCGGAACGUCGAUCAUUCACCUGCUCAAGUAUCUGAUCGCGGGAUUAGCCGUACUGACGCUUCCUGUGCUGUUGCUGCAGGCCUUCAUUUUCCCGUUGAAAAUUCUGAUGGGAUUAAAAUCGGUUGCCGUAGCGAAUACGCUCGUGCUCGGAACAUUCCUGUGGAAGUAUCUCAAUCGUCACAGGUUAAGAGGGGACGAGGACGAUGAUGAUGAUGAUGAUGGGGAUCAGCAGCCGAAUUCUGGUACUCCCGGAACGAUCGAUGCCGGUGGAGCAGGCAUGGCUAACGGGAACGAUAAUCGCUUCUUUCCCUUCCGGGCUGAGGAUUUUGAGAACAUGACUGAGGAAGAGAUUAAAACAGCAUUGAAACUGCUGUUGAAACGAAAUAAACGCUGGUGAUGGGUGGUCUAAUUGUUUUAUCCGUAAUUGUUUCAUCAUUCAACAGUUGUAAAAAGACGCAAUAUAGAUCUCUGUAGUUCUCAUAUCCGACAAAAUCAGUUGAAUGCACCUUAGAAAAAAAUAUCAAACUUAGAUGUUAAC